AUGGAUACUACGAUGCUGAAUUUGCGGAAUCUGUUUGAGCAGCUUGUACGCCGGGUGGAGAUUCUCAGUGAAGGAAAUGAACUCCAAUUCAUCCAGUUGGCAAAGGACUUCGAGGAUUUCCGUAAAAAGUGGCAGAAAACAGACCAAGAGCUGGGAAAAUACAAGGAUCUUUUGAUGAAAGCAGAGACUGAGCGAAGUGCUCUGGAUGUUAAGCUGAAGCAUGCACGCAAUCAGGUGGAUGUAGAGAUCAAACGGAGACAGCGAGCUGAGGCCGACUGUGAAAAGUUGGAAAGACAGAUUCAGCUGAUCCGAGAGAUGCUCAUGUGUGACACAUCUGGCAGCAUUCAGCUAAGCGAGGAGCAAAAAUCAGCUCUGGCUUUUCUCAACAGAGGCCAACCAUCCACUGGCAAUGCUGGGAACAAAAGAUUGUCAACCAUUGAUGAAUCUGGUUCCAUUUUAUCAGAUAUCAGCUUUGACAAGACUGAUGAAUCGCUGGAUUGGGAUUCUUCUGUAAUAAAGACUUUCAAACUGAAGAAGAGAGAAAAGAGGCGCUCCAAUAGCCGACAGUUCAUUGAUGGCCCCCCAGGACCUAUAAAGAAAACUCGUUCCAUUGGCUCUACAGCAGACCAGGGGAAUGAAUCCAUUGUUGCAAAAACUACAGUGACUGUUCCCAAUGAUGGCGGGCCCAUUGAAGCUACAUCCACUAUUGAAACUGUUCCAUAUUGGACGCGAAGUCGAAGGAAAUCAGGUACUUUACAGCCUUGGAAUAGUGACUCCACCUUGAGCAGCAGGCCGCUGGAGCCAAGAACUGAAACAGACAGCUCCAACACUCCUCAGAGUACUGGGGGGAUGCGUCUGCAUGACUUUGUCUCCAAGACGGUUAUUAAACCCGAAUCUUGUGUUCCAUGUGGAAAGCGGAUAAAAUUUGGCAAGCUGUCUCUGAAGUGCCGAGACUGUCGUGUCGUCUCUCAUCCAGAAUGUCGGGACCGCUGUCCCCUUCCCUGCAUUCCUACCAUGAUAGGAACACCUGUUAAGAUUGGAGAGGGAAUACUGGCAGAUUAUGUGUCCCAGACUUCUCCAAUGAUCCCCUCCAUCAUUGUCCACUGCGUAAAUGAGAUUGAACAGAGGGGGCUGACUGAGACAGGCCUAUAUCGGGUCUCAGGCUGCGACCGGACAGUAAAAGAACUAAAAGAAAAAUUUCUCAGAGUGAAAACUGUACCCCUCCUCAGCAAAGUGGAUGACAUCCAUGCUAUCUGUAGCUUCCUGAAAGACUUCCUUCGAAACCUUAAAGAACCGCUUCUGACCUUUCGGCUGAAUAAGACCUUUAUGGGAGCAGCAGAAAUCACAGAUGAGGACAACAGCAUAGCUGCCAUGUACCAGGCUGUUGGUGAGCUGCCCCAGGCCAACAGAGACACAUUAGCUUUCCUCAUGAUUCACUUGCAGAGAGUGGCUCAGAGCCCAAACACGAAAAUGGAUGUUGCCAAUCUGGCUAAAGUCUUUGGACCUACAAUAGUUGCCCACGCUGUGCCCAAUCCAGAUCCAGUGACAAUGUUACAAGACAUCAAGCGUCAACCCAAGGUGGUAGAACGCUUGCUCUCACUGCCCCUGGAAUACUGGAGUCAGUUCAUGAUGGUGGAACAAGAGAACAUUGACCCCAUGCAUGUCAUUGAAAACUCAAAUGCCUUUUCAACACCACAGACACCAGAUAUUAAAGUGAGUUUUCUGGGGCCUGUGACCACGCCUGAGCAUCAGCUUCUCAAGACGCCUUCCUCCAGCUCCCUGUCGCAGCGAGUCCGCUCCACGCUCAGGAACACGCCCAGGUUUGGGAGCAAAAGUAAGUCUGCCACAAAUCUAGGACGGCAAGGCAACUUCUUUGCUUCUCCAAUGCUCAAGUGA